AUGGUCUCAUCACAGGAGCUCGAGUCGGCCAUCCGGUCCAAGGUGCAGAACGUGUCAACUUUGGUGGUGUCGGAUGUAUCAGGCGGAUGUGGGCAAGCGUACGACGUAGUCAUCGUCUCGGACGCCUUUGACGGCCUAAACACGCUCAAGCGGCACCGUAUGGUCAACGAGCUGCUCAAAGACGAGAUUGCCCAACUUCACGCUUUUAGCCAAAAGACCUACACAGUUGCACAGUACGAAUCGAUGUCGUCGACGUCGGAUGCGCCGGCGCCGUCGUCGACCAAGCCGAGUGCAAGCGAUCUCCAGGCGCCAGCACCGAUCUCUACUCGACCGUCGCACAAUCGCACCGCCUCCGGCGUGUCGAUCCCGGAACUGACACUCACCACCGACGACGAGACGCUUUCGGGGCUCUCUGCGCGCAAUGCCGCCCGCCCCCUCGGCCCACUCUCCCAACCAGGCGGAUCGAGCACCCAAUACCCCGGCACAGCAGUCCCCCCACCGCUGAGCCCAAGCAUCUCAAGAUUGCACGAAAACCGCAUCCGCUCCAUCGAGUUCUGGACCGGUCUCAGAGGCUUUAUCGAACUCCAAUUCUCCGGUCAUCAACCCGACGGUGGCAACGCUAGCCCAGGAGUCGCAGGAAGGAGCCCAGGUGACGCAGAGAUCGAGAGGAUCUUCGAAGACUUCUUCCUCAGCCAGAAACAUCAUCUCACCGCAAGCGACGUUGCCAAGAUCCGCGACGCUACGGGCAUGUUUGGUAUGGCCGGCGUGUAA